AUGGUUUCUACAUCCAGGUCAUGUACCACUUCACUUGAUAGCAUAAUCAUCACCACCAUCAUAACUUUCUCCUUGAGAGGAGAAGCAAUAUUCAUUCAAGGCCAUACAGAACAAGAAAACCUCAUCACCAACCUACGCAGCAGCGAAACCAAAUCAAACGCACAGUACACAUUAAUCUUUACGGCCCUACCACUGGCCGUGAUCCUUCCAUUCCUGCGCUUCUUAUUCACAUCGAGCCAGAAAUCCAUCGCGCUGGCGUGCAUCCUCAGCAUCACAUCACUGCUCUCGACGGCGUACCUCAUGUACAUGAUCCCGCCGGACGCGGCACUCUUCAGCAGGGGAGACGACCACGGGAGUCUUGAUCUCAGCGCCGUCGUGAAUCGUCGGAGUCAACGGGCGAGGCAGCAGGCUGCUCGUGGUAGCCCGUCGGGCUUCUUCGGCGGGCCGGACAGUCCCCUCACGGUGUAUCUGCCGUUUCUGAAUGCGUUUGUCGCCGUGUUGCUCGUCGUAUUGGCUGGUGGAUUUCGUGGCAAGGUCGGUGUGCCGGAUGGGUUGUGGGCGUUCUUUCUUUUGCCUGGGCUGGUGUUCGCCGUCGUUCUUACGGUUCGCUCGAGUAUUGGCGAUGUGCAGAAGGGCUUGACGGAGUUGCAGGGGAUGCGGUAUGGCUAUAAAGGUGCAUGA